AUGUCAUCAGGAAUUCAAUCAUUAUUAAAAACAGAGAAAGAGGCAGCAGAAAUUGUCAAUGAAGCACGAAAAUAUAGAACCAAUAGAUUAAAAACAGCAAAACAGGACGCUCAGGAAGAAAUUGAAAAUUAUAAAAAGCAAAAAGAAGAAGAAUUAAAUAAAUUUGAAAAAGAUCAUGAAGGUAUAAAUGAGCAGAUUGAUAAAGAUGCUGAUGCGGAAGUUGAAAAAGAAUUAAAAGCUUUAAAAGAACAAUUUGAAAAGAAAAAACUGGAUGUUAUUAAAUUGUUGGUAGAUGCCACUAUAUCAUCUAACCCAGAAUUGCAUAUAAAUGCUAAUGUUCAAAAAGGAGAAGGAGAAAAAGUUUAA